AUGACGCGCAGCAAGAUGGAUGAGGAGGCCGUUGCCGGCAUCGUAGUCGGUCUCGUCCUCGGCGUUGCCCUCCUCAUCUGCUGCCUGUACCCCAUCAUCGUCGUCCUCAAGGGCACGAGCGAGGACUACUACUGUCCUCACAUCCCCUCCGAAGCCUUUGGCAUGUUCCCGACCCCGGGCUCGCCGUCACCAUCCAUCUCCGGCUCCGCACCCCAGAAGCCGCCCCGUGUUGCCGCCGCCGCAGGCUCCCGCGUCAGCCGCACACUCAAGGGCAUCUUCGGCGGCCACCAGCACUCCUCGCCUCCUCCAGCCGGCGACGACUACGGCUACAGCGGUACCAGGGGUUUUCAGCCAAGCCCGGGGGGCCUCCCGGCCACGGAAGACACCCCCUACAUCCAGGCUUCGGUUCAGGAACGUGGCGGUCCCAGUCUCGACCGGGUACUCCCUCAAGACGGCUACACGGUCCUGCACCAUCCGCCAGCCGGAGAAGUCAGCCGCGGAGCCUACUACAUGCCGCCCCCGUUGCCGGCAGCUAACCACCAUCUCCCGUCUGAUGCUCCUGGUUUCGCCCCCGUCACCGUCAACCCCAUGGAUAUCAUGCCUGCCUCGACCGAAUCCGAGCUGUGGCACCGCACCGACUUCCAGAUGCUCGCCAGCUCUCACGACUCACAGCAGGACUACGCCAGCCACCCAAUGCACAGCAUUCAGACCACCGCCCCCCAGUACCUAUACGCACCGUCGCCCUCACCCGACACAACCCUACCAGCGGCGGGCGGGCCUCCUCAACCUCAGCCGCCGCCGCCGCCGCCGCCGCCGCCGCCGCCAGAAGUCCGCAUCCAACCCUCGCCGGAUCCAGACGGCGCUGUCCAGCCGUAUCGAGUGAAGCGGGAGUCGACAGGCAGCAACACUGACGGCGGCCUCUCCCUUCCCUCCCACGCACACGCACACGCACACGCACCGCAAAACUCACUGGCAGCCCCUGUACCGUCAUUACCGAGCCAGCAGUCCCUGUCGUCGAACCUGGGCAGUACUCACAUCAAGUCAGAGCGGUCCACGCCGGGCGCGACACAGGGAGGGUCAGCUUCAGGGUCAGGAGGGGCGGGAUCUGCCGGUGCCGCGUCGACGACUACGCACAGUACGCCGUCUAGUCAGAUCGACACGGCGUCGCCGGAGUCACAGAACAGCUCGGAUUUCAACCAGGCUGCGUCGCCGGGUGCCCUAGGCAUUCCUUCGCUCAAGGGGGAGUAUUGCUGUGAUGAGCCGGGGUGCAACCAGACGUUUGAUCAACCUCACAAGCUCAAGUAUGUUUACACGGGAAGAGGCUCUGCUACCCCGAUACCCUCUCCUAUCGAUGCACGCACGAUGUCAUCAGGGCACCACCGGAGAUAUCACAGCAAAGAUCACAAGUGCCCGUACCCGACCUGCGGUAAAGGAUUCGGCACCAAGACGCACCUGCAGCGACACAUCAACGACCGCCACGAGAAGAAGAAGAAGUUCCACUGCUCGAUCCAGGGCUGCGAUUAUUCCAGGGCCGGCGGCAAGGCCUUUCCCCGCAAAGACAACUGGAAGAGGCACAUGACCAAGAUUCACAGCAUGGAUCACGAUUCACUCCCUGAGCCGGUGGAGAUUGAUCAAGAGAUGGUGGUGCCAGAGGCUUGA